AUGGCUUGUUUCGAAAGAAGAGUUCUUAGAAGGAUUUAUGGACCUAUACUAGAAAAUGAAGUUUACAGGAGAACUAAUGUAGAGGUACAAUAAAUUUAUCAAAAACCCGGUAUCAACGCGUACCUCAUGAAUAAACGAAAUAAGUGGGUAGGCCAUGUACAGAGGUCAAAUUGAAUUUAAAAGAAAGCACUGGAAGGAAAAGUCAAUGGAGAAAGAUCUAAGAGCCGCCCUAGACAGCACUGGAUAGACAGGGUUAGCGUAGAUUUAAACAUGUACGCCCGAGGUUUAACUAUAGAAGACAGCAUUGAUAGAAAUGGUUGGUUAAAAGUAGUAGAGGCAGCGAAAGUUCUGCAAGGACCGUAA